UGCGGCAAAACAAUGGCGCUCCAUCUCGCGCGGCCGUUGUUCCUCCCCGCCGGCCGCCCGCCGCCGCCGCGCCGUCGCGCACGGGCGCAUGCCCUCUCCCCCACCGCCGACGCGCGGUACCCGUGCUUCAGGAGGCCCUACACGUCCGUCCUGGUGGUGCCCACGGGGGUCGGCGCCGCGGUCGGGGGCUUCGCCGGCGACGCCCUCCCCGUGGCGCGCGCCCUCGCCGCCGUCUCCGACUGCGUCAUCUCCCACCCCAAUGUGCUCAACGCCGCCAUGCUCUACUGGCCGAUGCCCAACAUGCUUUACGUCGAGGGAUACGCCCUCGACAGGUUCGCCGAGGGCGCCUGGGCUCUCCAGCCGGUCCACCAGAACAGGGUAGGCUUGGUGCUGGACUCCGGGAUCGAGGAAGAGCUCCGGCUCCGCCACUUGCAGGUCGCGGAUGCCGCGAGGGCCUCGCUCGGCCUCCCCGUUGUGGAGUACGCCGUCACGGAUGCUCCUUUGGAGAUCAAGACGUGGUUCGAUCCGGAGUGUGGGAAGUCAACCGGCAGUGUCGGGAACCCCGAUUCUCUGUUAAGAGCUGUCGACGCACUAGUGAACCAGGCAGGCGUUAAUGCGGUGGCAGUUGUUGCGCGGUUUCCCGAUGACGAUCCUGAAGAUUCGGAUUGUUACCGGGAAGGAAAGGGUGUUGAUCUGUUAGCGGGGGUUGAAGCGAUCAUCAGUCACCUAAUUGUGAAAGAAUUCAAAAUCCCUGCUGCUCACGCUCCUGCGGUGUUACCCCCACCACUCAGCCCAUUAGUGUCCCCAAGAUCUGCUGCUGAAGAGAUUGGUUAUACCUUUCUACCAUGUGUGCUCGCUGGUUUAAGUACCGCUCCUCAGUAUGUGACGAGGAGGCAGGGAACCUUUGACGGUGGGUGCAUAGUGUCUAGUGAUGUUGAUAGUGUGAUUCUUCCAAGAGACGCCUGUGGAGGUGAUGGUGCUCUUGCCUUUUCUCGAACUGCAAGAAAGAACAAGCCGUUAAUCAUUACUGUUCAGGAAAAUGAGACGGUGCUCGAUGACACCCCUGAUAAAUUCAGUAUUGAAGCGUGUUUUCUCCCCAGCUGAAUGUCCAGAACUACUGGGAAGCUAUUGGAGUUAUUGCUGCUCACAAGGCAGGCGUCAAUCCAAAUGCUCUUAGAAAACAAGGAAUUGAUCAUCUUAAGAGCCACCGGCAAUUGUACUCUUCCCGAUCUUCUGGUCCUAGGUCAUAUGCCCCUUAUGCAACGCAGGAUAAAAUGAAUGUACAUCAGUUAGUUUGACAAUUUAGUACAGGAGAAAUCAGCUUUGACAAAUAGGGGGCUGCAAAUUUUGAAGUCCCAGGUACAUAUCCCACAACAGUAGGAGCAUACAUAUGGAACUUCAUUUCGUUGUCACCCCAUGAGGAAUGACGUUGAUAUGCAUACACGCGUGCAGUGUCAUUGUGUUCAUGGAUGUUGUACUCGGCGCCGUUCUUCUGAUCAAUUAAUUGCUUCAGUUUCUGAGACGAGCAGUGCUAUGCUCCCCUUCCACCAUACAAGUGUUGCGCUGAUAGCUGAGAGCAUUUAUGUCUUGAUGUGUCAUUGUGCGCUCUCAAAUCGUUGACUCUCUGAUGUUGUCUGCAUCUAGUCAGAACACGCUUGUUUGUCAAAGCGGGUAGUUGCUGCUUUUGCUUGCUUGUGCCAACUACCAAUCAAACUGGACCUUCAACCUUUGAUGAGGUGCAGCUUAUGACUUGCUGUUUGUGUGUGUUGGUGA